AUGUCCCACUCACUGAACAGACUCGAAACACUCAGCAGCUUCCCCCCUUGUGCCCCCACGGGCUUCCCAGCACUCAGUUCCCACCCCAGUCCUGCAUCCAGAAGGCCUUCUCCUGCCACAGCCUUCCGCAGGCCAGUUCCAUCGAGGACACAGAAUGGUAUGGACUUAGCUCUCCGGAACGUCCACCCUUUCCACCUCUUUGCUGAUGCAAUGAAGGCAUUGAAGAAGAAAUUUGCCAGCAAUGGUACUGUAAUUGAGCAUCCAGAAGACGGAGAAGUGAUUCCGCUACAGGGUGACCAGAGCAAGAACAUAUGCCAGUUCCUCCUAGAGAUUGGACUGGUAAAGGACAGCCAGCUGAAGGUUCAUGGGUUUAAGUGCUUUUGGCUCACUGAAACUUAA